GAGUAGGGGCCCUUGGACAAGAAAAACUGCCACUCUUGUAUUACAACUUUUGAGAGAAUGCAUUGCGAAGUAUGUUGAAUUCACAGCUAUAUUCCCAACAAAAAAAUUACGAGAUGAUAUUUUUACCGAACUCUCUGACACUAUACAAGAUUGUUUAAAGACGGAGCAUAAGCCAUCAGAGAUCACAAGAAAGUUAAGGUCCUGUUCAUUGAUGAAGUUUACAAGUUUUCUUCCAUUUGUCGAUUUUGGCAAUUAUAUACCACAAUACAUGACUAUCUUAGAUAUAGAGAAAUAUGACGAUACCAUUGAAUUGGAGAUGCCUGAAGAAAAGGAAAAAAAACUUUUCGAAGUCCCCGUCUUUCAUAAUAAUACUUAUACCAUGGAUCCGGGUGUUGCAGUUGUUUCUUUAACGCAGGUUGAUAAAACUUACUUUCAGGAUGCUGGUUUCACUUGCGGUACAGCUAGUGAGUAUCAGGGUGCUACGUUUGGUAGAGCCACGGUGGCCAUGUAUGGUAAAGGUUCUAGAUCUUGUUAUGAACUGAAUAAAGGUCAUUUUUUUAGUGGCCUUAUCCAGAUCUAG